UGAACAAUGAGGACGCCCCUGAAAUGUGUUUUCUUGCUGUUGGGGACUUUUUCUCUCAUCAUUUGUGCCUUUUUAUUCUCUGAAUACAUCAGCGACCUCAAGUUCAACAGUGUGCAGACAGAAGGUGGCAGCGAUCAGGCAGACUGGAGUCUCACCUCAGCAGGUGAACAAGAAGAAGAUGAGAUAGAAGCAGCUUGUUCUCUGAGGAAAGCAGUGCGGAACGAUGUUCUCCUCGGAGGGAAGUUCAGGUUCUCUGAGUCGGUUCUUCAGUGGGUGAAAAGUUUGUCCAAACCUGCCUGGGAACAUCUGAAGAAACGAAAACCUCCGUAUGGCUGGAAGGGACUUCCUGCUGACGUUGUCAGGUCGACUCUCUCCCUUCUCAACAGCUCUCGUCUUUUUGAACGAGGAUUACCUGACAGGUGUGUUCGCUGCGCUGUGGUCGGAAACGGAGGAAUCCUCCGAGGGUCCCGACAAGGGAAGAACAUCGACAGCCACGACUUUGUCUUCAGGGUGAACGGAGCCAUGAUCAGAGGUUUCGAAGAAGAUGUGGGGAUGAAGAUUUCCUUCUACGGAUUCACCACCAACACUAUGAAGAAUGCCCUCAAAAUGUACCGAAGAGACGGUUUCACCAAAGUUCCUCAGAGUCCAGAGAUCAAAUACAUCUUCAUCCCUUCAAACCUCAGAGAUUAUCUGAUGCUGUCGGCUGCUGUUCAGGGUCAGAAUGUCGCCUCAGGCAGAGACAAAGGGGACAGGCCCUGGCAGUACUUUGGUCACAAACCAGCUGAAAACUUCAGGUUCCUCCACCCAGGUUUUAUUUACUACGUGACACACAGUUUCCUGCCGUCUCCUCUGCUGACUAUGCCGAGCACUCGUGAUGUUUACAUGCCGAGCACCGGAGCUUUGAUGCUCCUGACUGCCUUACACACCUGUGACCAGGUUUCUGCUUACGGUUUCAUCACCAAGAACUAUGAAGCAUUUUCCGAUCAUUAUUAUGACUCCAUAAAGAAGCCUCUGGUCUUCUACUCAAACCACGACAUGCGGAUGGAGAGCCUGCUGUGGGAGACACUGCACCAGAGGAGGGUCAUCAAGUUGUACCACAGGAAGAGGGACAGCUGAUGGAGAAGAUGGACGGCAUCUUGGUCUGUAUGGAGAUCUCAAACCUCACACAUUUUUAGCAUGGAAAAACAACAUGAUACUUUUUUUUAUGUAAUGUGAAGCUGUAAAA